UUACCGUUAUUCUUGCGUUAGGAUUUCGCCUAUUACAGGCUUGGCUAAUAAACGGCUAACAAAUACAAGUAAGAAAGGUAAUAGGUAACGUUACAGAAGUACGAUACAAGUGCAAGGUUACGUAUUUCGCAAGGAAGGUUUGUACGGUAAGGUGGCAACGGUCAGAUACGACCGGCAUACGAUAUAGGAGAAAAUCAAUCUUGAAAAGGGAAUUUGCAGAGGAAUUUCGAGGAUAGAGAAUGUCUCGAACGAGGAGGGAGCCGAGCUGGGCGGGAUAGAGAGCGAGGAAGAGGGCGAAGCGGCAGGAGACGAGGAAGAUCAGGGUCAGAGAUAAACAACGAAGAAUUUCUGUUUUGGUUAAGGAUAUCGCACCAUCGCCUCGCGGUAAUUACAAUCAGAUACAGACGCGGCCUAAGUAGCGACGGAGUAGACAACUGUAACAGCGUGCUUUAAAGGGAGUACGAGAUAAAUAAAUACGACGCGAGAACCGAUAUAGGAUUAGUAUUACGCUUACGCGCUUGUAUCGCCAAAUACAUUUUCCUAGACCAAGUAAUUAAUUGGGAAAUUUACGUUUUCAUUUUUCUUCGCAGUGGUCGCUCUUCCGAGAAGCGAGUCAAAUCCAAAGCGACGUUUUACUUUCGAACCAAAGGGAAAAAAACGAAAGGGAAGAAACCGUACGUAGGAUGACAUAACUUGGACAUAUGCGCUCGAUGAGGAGGAAGAAGCAAGGAGUCACCGAGGGCGGAGAAGCGUCGAUUCUGCUACUCGUCGCAUUGACUCCUGUUAUCUGUUCGGCUGGAAUCCUGGACCCUUGGCAGUGGGCACGUAGCGAUCGAAUCGACGUCAACAUUCCUUGGUUGCCGUUCGAGAACGAGACACGAUGCUACGACGAGCUAGGGUGCCUGAACAUAACCAGAAGCUGGUAUCACCUUAUCCAUAGACCGCUUAACGUCUUUCCAUUGCCACGAGAAGUCAUCAAUACGAAAUUUCUUCUAUACACGAACGAUAAUAACGUGGAAGGCCAGACCUUGUCAGCCGCGAAAGACAAGUCGAUUAAACGGUCGUACUUCGAUCCAAAGAGGAAAACAAAAUUCAUUAUACACGGGUUCAUAGAUACACCGCUUAGCAAUUGGGUCAACGAAAUGAGAAACGAAUUAUUGAAGCACGACAACUACAAUGUCAUCGUAGUUGACUGGGGUGGAGGAAGUUUGCCGCUUUAUACUCAAGCAACCGCCAACACGAGACUGGUGGGCCUCGAAAUAGCCCAUCUCGUUAAACACUUGCAGACAAAUUAUGGACUGGACCCAAAUGACGUGCACCUGAUCGGACACAGCUUGGGGGCACAUACCGCGGGAUAUGCGGGAGAAAAGAUGGGAGGAAAGGUUGGUCGUAUCACGGGAUUGGAUCCUGCGGAACCCUAUUUCCAAGGGAUGCCCAGUCACGUAAGGCUGGACUACACCGACGCCAAGUUGGUCGACGUCAUUCACACCGAUGGCAAAAGCUUCUUUUUCCUAGGGCUUCCCGGAUAUGGAAUGGUUCAACCAUGCGGUCAUCUGGACUUCUACCCGAACAAUGGCAAGGAACAGCCGGGAUGCACGGAUCUCAGCGAAACUACCCCUUCCUUGCCUUUAACUCUGAUCAAAGAAGGUCUGGAAGAAGCGUCGCGAGUACUGGUUGCCUGCAAUCACGUGCGUUCCAUAAAACUCUUCACCGAGAGCAUCAACUCCAAGUGCCAAUACGUGGCCCACGAGUGUUCCAGUUACGCCAGCUUCCUCAGAGGCGAGUGUUUCUCGUGCAAGAGCAACAACAGUCUCAGUUGCGGUAUCAUGGGUUAUCAUGCGGACUCCAGUCCAGCUUUGGUUGGAAGGCGGGCUAUGGGACAGGAUAUUCUGUCUCUGCUCGGCUCCAAGUUCUUCUUCGCCACUGGCAAAGAAGAUCCUUUUUGCAGGAGACAUUACAGAAUCACCAUCGAUCUUGCCCGGCCACCGAGUGCAGAAAGUUGGGUCCAAGGCUUCCUGAAAGUCACUUUUCACGCGGAAAAUGACAUUAUUCGAGACAUUGAUCUCACACCUAGCGGUUACAUGAAAUUGGAACAUGGGUCGACAGUCAGAAUGGUCGUCGCUCAUCCAGCCGGUGCAUCCGGUGAACUUGGGAAAAUUCGACGCGUCGAGCUUUCAUGGACCUACGAUAUGGACGUGUUACAACCAAAGUCGCUCUGCUUCUUCUGGUGUAACGAUCGCCUCUACGUCAACAGCGUCACAGUGGACGUUAUGGAAAUCCCGGGAAGAGGGAAAAGAGAAGCAGACUUCACCAGUAAGCUCUGUUCAGCAAGUAGGCAGGAGUACGCGGAAAUUGCCAGCGGUUCCACGGCGUCUUUCGUCGACAACUGCUGACAACGUCUUCGACUUAAUUUAACAUGUAUCCGAGUACAACGUGAUAGUUUGCGGUUCUCGUUCCUGUGGAAAGUAUAGAAAUUAAAACGCAAUCUAGUGCAUGUCUAACGAUAACAAUCAGCAGCACGAAUAAUGAAAAUCAUGGCAGAAUCGACAAAGAUCAACUGAAACCUGUAUUUCAAAAUGACGCGUUUCGUUCGGAAUACGUCCGCAAGUUUUUAUUUAAAAAAGAAGAAAACAACGCAACAU